AUGGAGGGCUGGACGCUGGGGCUGGGGCUGCUCACAGCUCUGGCCAUCUCCGGUGCCUGGGCCCUGAACGAGGAGGAGAGGCUCAUCCACUACCUCUUCGAAGAGAAGGGCUAUAACAAGAACCUUCGGCCCGUGGACCACCAGGGGGACAGAGUGGACAUCUCCCUGGCCCUCACCCUGUCUAACCUCAUCUCCCUGAAAGAAGUGGACGAGACCCUCACCACCAACGUGUGGAUAGAGCACGGAUGGACGGACAGCCGGCUCCAAUGGGAUAUGGCCCAAUUCGGGAACAUCAGUGUCCUGCGCCUACCUCCGGACAUGCUGUGGCUCCCAGAGAUUGUCCUAGAGAACAACAAUGAUGCCACCUUCCGGAUCUCCUAUUCCUGCAACACUCUCAUCUACCCCUCUGGCUGGGUCUACUGGCUGCCACCCGCCAUUUUCCAGUCUUCCUGCCCCAUCAGUGUCACGUACUUCCCCUUUGACUGGCAGAACUGUUCUCUCAAGUUCAGCUCUCUGACCUACACAGCCAAAGAAAUUAAUUUACAACUAAAGGAGGAAGUAGAUGAAGUCAGUGGGCGCUCCUACCCAGUGGAAUGGAUCAUUAUAGACCCCGAAGGCUUCACAGAAAAUGGAGAGUGGGAAAUCGUUCACCGGCCUGCCCGGAAAAACAUCGAUGAGAGCGUCUCCCUGGGCAGCACCAGCUACCAGGACAUCACCUUCUACCUCAUCAUCCGGAGGAAGCCCCUCUUCUACAUCAUCAAUAUCCUGGUGCCCUGCGUCCUCAUCUCCUUCAUGAUCAACCUGGCCUUCUACCUGCCCGCCGACAGUGGUGAGAAGACCUCAGUGACCAUCGCCAUCCUGCUGGCCCAGUCUGUCUUCCUGCUGCUCAUUUCCAAGCGUCUGCCCGCUACUUCCCAUGCCAUCCCCCUCAUUGGCAAGUUCCUGCUCUUCGGCAUGGUCCUGGUCACCAUCAUCGUGCUCAUCUGCGUGAUCACGCUGAACAUCCACCAUCGGACACCCAGCACCCACAUCCUCUCUCAGGGCGUCAGGAAGAUGUUCCUGGAGACUCUACCCCGGCUCUUGCACAUGUCCCAGCCAGAAGCGGAACCAGUGCUGGGAUCCCAGAUCCGCCGGAGCAGCUCCCUAGGCUAUAUCUCCAAAGCUGAGGAGUACUUCACCGUCAAGUCACGCAGCGACCUGAUGUUCGAGAAGCAGUCGGAGCGCCACGGGCUCGCCAGCCGGGUCACUCCCGCACGGCGGCCUCCACCAGGGUCCGAAGCGUCCCAACAAGAGCUGUUUAAUGAGAUAAAGCCAGCCGUGGAUGGUGCCAACUUCAUUGUCACCCACAUGAGAGAUCAGAACAAUUACAAUGAGGAAAAGGACAGCUGGAGCCGAGUGGCCCGCACCGUGGACCGGCUCUGCCUCUUCGUGGUGACGCCCCUCAUGAGCCUGGGCACGGCCUGGAUCCUUCUGCAGGGCAUCUACAACCAGCCGCCCCUCCAGCCUUUCCCGGGGGACCCCUUUACUUAUGCUGAGGAGGACAAACGCUUCAUCUAGGAGCAGCCCACGAGGAGGCCCAGACAGUCCAGCCUCCGGCCCGUGGAUGGAGGCCGAGCGGGGCCUCGGCCCUGUGUGCUGGGGGUCUGAACGAGGGAGUCUGGGGAGAGACGGAGCCUGCCGGGGCCCUAGUUCUGGCGGAGGCCCCGAAGAGACGCCCUGCUGGAAGGCCAGGCCGGGGGGGGGGGGGCGGUGCGAUGGGCCGGCCGGGCCACCCUCCUGAGGACGGAGGAGCCGUCGGCUUUGGGGACGUUUCUGUUGAAGCGUUUCCGGUCAGCUCAGUGAGUCGCUGACUUCUGGUGGGCAGCUGUCCGAGGCCAGCCCCCCCCGCCCCCAUUUACAGAUGAGGCAAUAAA